GCUACACUGGGAUAAACUGUGAGAAUGAGAUCGAUGAGUGCAACACGCCAACUGGCAACCCGUGCUACAAUGGAGGAAUAUGCCAGGACCACAUCAACCGCUUCAGCUGCUCCUGUCCAGCAGGAUUUGAAGGCAGAACGUGUGAAAUAGACAUCAAUGAAUGUGAAAGUUCUCCUUGCCUCAAUAAUGGAGUCUGUACAGACAAAAUCAACAACUAUAUUUGUGAAUGUAAAAGAGGCUACAGUGGAGUCAACUGUCAGUUCAACAAAAAUGACUGUGAAGGAAUCAACUGUAACAAAGGAACAUGUCUUGAUGGUCUAGACACCUACACUUGUAACUGUAACCCUGGUUACACUGGCCAGCAUUGUGAUGCUCCAAUCAAUGAGUGUGCUUCCAAUCCCUGUCGAUAUGGAGGCACUUGCCAGGAUCUUGACAAUGGAUAUCAGUGUGAUUGCCCACUGGGAACUUCAGGGCGAAAUUGUGAGAACAACUUUGAUGAAUGUAUGACCAACCCAUGUCGGAAUGGAGCAACGUGUGUGGAUGGCAUCAACAGUUACAAAUGUGACUGCAAGCCAGGAUUUUCUGGCACAUACUGUGAAAUUGAUGUUGAUGAUUGUACACCAAACCCCUGCCACAAUGGAGGACGUUGCACAGAUCUUGUGAAUGGCUUCCGCUGCAACUGCCCAUCUGGUUACUAUGACAACAAGUGCCUGUCAAACAUUGAUGAGUGUGCUUCCAACCCAUGUGUAAAUGGAGGUCGUUGUGUUGAUGGCUACAACAGGUUUGACUGUGAGUGCCCUCAAGGAUAUACUGGCUUCCGAUGUCAGACACAGAUCAAUGAAUGUUUGUCGAAUCCAUGUCAGCAUGGAGGUACUUGUCAAGAUCACCUCAACUACUACACCUGUACCUGUAGGGCUGGGUAUACAGGACUGACUUGUGAGACAAACAUCAAUGAAUGUGCCAACAAUCCAUGUUUGCACGGCAAAUGCAUUGAUCAGAUUGACAACUACUUGUGCCAUUGUGAGGUCCCAUACACGGGCAAGAACUGUGACUUCAGGAUGGACCCCUGCAGCCCCAAUCCUUGCCAGAACACAGCGCAGUGUGUGCCCCAGAACAGCUACCAGAUGUUGUUCAAGUGUAACUGUCCCGUUGGAUUCACAGGUAGUCGCUGCGAGCAGGACAUCAACGAAUGUGCACAAAGUAAUCCUUGCAGAAAUGGAGGAACAUGCCGCAACACACAGGGGUCUUAUGUGUGUCUGUGUGUUAAUGGUUUUGAGGGCAGGCAGUGUGAGAUCAACCAUGACGAUUGUGAACCUAACCCUUGCUACAACGGAGGUACCUGUGUUGAUGGUGUUGGCAGAUACGACUGCAACUGUGUGAGUGGGUUUGGAGGGCAGCACUGCCAAAAUGAUAUUAACGAAUGUGCCUCUAAUCCAUGUGUCAAUGGUGGAGUGUGUACAGAUUACGUCAACUCCUACACCUGUACGUGCAAAGCUGGCUUCAGUGGCGUACACUGCCAGGUUAACGAUAAUGACUGCACUAGGAGCUCCUGUCUCCAUGGGGGAACAUGCAUCGAUAAAGUGAAUGGCUUCGACUGUAGUUGUGCGCCUGGCUAUACAGGAAGAAACUGCCAGUACAACAUCAACCCUUGUGAUUCUAAUCCGUGUGUCAAUGGUGCUUCCUGUUUCAACGUGGCUGAUAGUUACCAGUGCUACUGUCCUUAUGGUUUUACUGGAGCUAGGUGUGAGGGUUUUGUUGACUGGUGUAGUCAGAACCCCUGUCAAAACGGAGCCGAGUGUGAACAGAUUGCCAACAACUUCCAAUGUGAAUGUCGCAGCGGUUGGACUGGCAAGCUCUGCGAUGUCCAGUUUGUCACUUGCGCUGCUGCGGCCGCACAGAAAGGUGUUAAUGUACAACAGCUGUGCCAGAACGGAGGGACGUGUCACAACACUGACAACACCCACACCUGCCUCUGCAGUAAAGGUUAUGAAGGCUCCUACUGUGAGACAGAGACUGAUGAGUGUGCUUUUGCCCCAUGUGUGAACGGAGCAACUUGUAUUAAUCUGAUUGGCAAAUACUCAUGCCAGUGUGCAAAAGGCUUUCAGGGUCAAAACUGUGAGUUGGAUGUUGACAACUGUGCCACCCAGCCAUGUGACAAUGGAGGCAUCUGUCAUGACCAGGUCGAUGACUUUGAGUGUUCCUGUCCCCCAGGCACUGCCGGUUUCUUGUGUGAGAUCAAUGACAACGACUGUCUAUAUAACUCUUGUCACAAUGGAGGAACCUGUGUGGAUAAGGUUGGAGGCUAUGAGUGUAUAUGUCCACCAGGUUUUGUGGGCCAUCGGUGCGAGGGCGAUGUCAAUGAAUGCCUCUCGAACCCUUGUGAUCCAUACGGGACGCAGGAUUGUGUCGUACCUUGCAACGAGCGGCAAAAGUGUGACCAGAAUCCUUGUGAAAAUGGCGGAGAUUGUCGUGACACCGAAUUUGGAGCUAUCUGUACUUGUAAAUCGAGUUUUAAAGGUGACUUCUGCCAGAUCAAGAUGUCCGACUGUGAUUCCAGCCCAUGCAAAAAUCAGGGCACCUGCUCAGUGACUGCAACAGGGUACGAGUGUCUGUGUCCAGUCGGUGCCAGUGGGAUCAACUGUGAGACUGAUGCUGCGGACGAGUGCAAAGACAGGCCUUGCCAGAAUGGAGGAACUUGUUUCAACAAGAUAGGUUACUUUGAAUGCAUGUGCCCAAAAACCUGGACGGGCAUCAAGUGCAAUGUUUAUGAGAAAAAUUUCCCUGGAGGUAUAGGAAGAACAACAUCUACAGAGAACGGCAUUCCAGAAAUUUGUCAAAAGAAUUCCUGUCCAGAAAAGUCCUCUAAUGGUGUUUGUGAUAUUGAGUGCAACAUGAUUGAAUGUAAUUACGACAACACAGACUGUUCCUACGGGACAAAGCCGUGGGAGAACUGUACUCAGCAAGUUAAUGGCCGCUAUUGCUGGCAGGUGUUCAAGGACGGCAAAUGUAAUCAGGAGUGCAACAAUCAAAACUGCCUCUAUGACGGGUUCGACUGCCAGGGACCAGUUGACAGAUGCUUGUAUGAAAAUUACUGUUUGAUGAAUUACAAUAAUGGGCACUGUGACAACGGCUGCAACAUGGCGGAGUGCGACUGGGAUGGCUUAGACUGUGAUACUGAUACAGCCAAACUUGUUCCUGGAUCCCUUUUCAUCAUUGUGCUGAUCGAACCCGAGGAAUUUCAACAAAUCAAGAAAGAGUUUGUGCGUCAGCUGGGGCAUGUCUUACGUGCAGUUGUGCGCAUCAAGAAGACAACUUCUGGAGAAGAGAUGAUCUACCCCUGGCAAGGCGAAACUUCAGAGAGUAAUGACUCGGUGCUACAGCGCACCAGAAGGUGGGCAGAGACAUUGCUGAGGCGGCAUCAUUGGAGAGCCAAGAGAUCUCUCCUGACUGGCACAAAAGUCUUCUUAGAAAUUGACAACAGAGCCUGCUUCAAGCUGGAAAACAAGGAAUGCUUUGACAACACUGAUCACAUUGCACAGUUUGUUGUAGCAGCACUGCUCAAUAAAGACUAUGAACCAGCGGUGGCUGUCCACCAAGUUGGAACUGUGGAUCCAGAUGGUCCAACUUCGGAAUCCAGUGCCAACCCCAACAUAUUCAUUGCAUUUGUAGUCGUGUGUGGCUCCAUUCUUGUCCUGACAGUGGUGGUGAUUGUUGUCUUGAAGCGGAAGCGUUUCCGUGGCGUCACCUGGUUCCCGGAUGGCUUCUUUAGCCGAUCCAGUGAACCCGCAAAACCAGCUCGAAACCGUAAGGGACCUGAUGGAGAGGAAAUGCAUGAUAAACUGGACAAAAUGGAUGCCAAUGACAAUCACACUUCCCCUCCUCCAAGUAAUGAAUGUUGGCAAGAAGAUGAUGAUGAUGACAGGCCUCAGAUUAAAAGAGCGAAGACUGAGAGACAAGGCAAGAGUGUUGACCGGAUGAUGGACGUGGCUGACACACGACAGUGGACUGUCAAACAUCUGGAUGCUGCCAACAUCCCUCACAACUCUCAGUCGGCAUUGACACCCCCUCAGGGAGAAGAUAAUAUGCAGACUGUCAUCGAUGUCAAUGUCAGGGGUCCUGAUGGAUUUACCCCUCUCAUGUUGGCAUCAAUUCGUGGCGGUGGCCUCGGAGAGGAUGAUGACAGCAACUCUGGUUCUGGCUCUGCUGAAGGUGGAGACAGCGACAACAACACAUCUGUGGAUGUGAUCUCCAGUCUUCUUAUGCAGGGGGCUGCUAUUAAUGCCCAGACCGAUAGAACAGGUGAAACUUCACUGCAUCUUGCUGCUCGUUACGCCCGAGUUGAUGCAGCAAAGGUUCUGCUGGAUGCAGGUGCUGACCCUAAUGCCCAGGACAGUUCUGGAAGGACACCACUUCACACAGCAGUAGCUGCUGAUGCUCAAGGGGUUUUCCAGAUAUUACUGAGGAACAGAUCCACUAACUUGAAUGCACGCAUGCUGUGUGGUACUACCCCGCUGAUUUUAGCCUGCAGACUUGCGAUAGAAGAUACUGUGGAGGAACUCAUUGCUGCCGAUGCUGAUAUUGAGGCUGCUGAUAAUAAUG